AUGUCAACCGCAGACAAAAGAAAAAAGCCGUCAAACCUGCCAAAUAUACAGCCAUAUGGUGUCCAAAAAAGGAAGGAAUCCACAAAAAUGAAUGAAACAAAAUCCGAGUCUUUCCAUUCUGCCCAACCCUGUGAUAACAAACCCACCGAUGCGAUUCGUAAUCAUACACUGACCUUGGAAGCUCUCUUAAAAGAUAUUUACAACAAUCACAAGGAGACCAUUAGAUUAUGUCGUGAAGAACAGAAGGAAAAAUUUACCAAAAUUGUGACACUGAAAAACAAAAUGUUUGAGAGGGGGAAAGAGAUUCAAAGAGAAUGCAAUGCUUUGAAGAAAGAAAAUCAAGAUUUAAAAGAAGCCUUAUCAUCUCGAACAGAUGUUCCCUGUAAGAUUUGUGAUCACUUGAGACAUUCCUUUGAUUCUCUUGAAGAGGCCUAUAAGAGGAGCUUAAGUGAGAAAGACAAGAUGAUUAAGUAUUUGGAAGCCCAAUUGAAUGGUCAACAACCUACUUUAAAUUCUGAUCCUGAUAACAGUGUUUCUCCCAAAUCCAGCCCUGACAAUCAAAAGAACAAUCGACUUAGACUAAAGACUUCCCAAAAACGUGUCAUAUACAAGGAAUCUGCAGAAGAAAAUCCAGAACAAAUUCUUCCAUCCAAUGUCAAACCCUCACCUGCUGCACCUUUAAUGAAUGUCCCAGAAACCUGUUUACCUGAUACAUGUGCUGCUGACAAUGCAACAGUUAAAAAAUCUGCAGAAACAGACAAUGAACUGACUGUAGUCCCUGAUACACUUGCACUAUUCAAUCCUUGGGAUUCUGAUGAGCAACCUUCAAUUGAAAGGAAGAAAUUCAGCCGGUGUUACAGAAACAAAGAAAAUCAGGAAGAAAGUUGUGUGGUCGAUGCUGACCAAACUCUGCCACCAGAAAACUGGGGUAAUGAAACCCUGAUGAAUGAUUCUGAUGUCAACCAUAUGGAAAAAAUGACAGUCUGUUCAAAUGGUGAUGAUCAGAUUUGGCACACUGCCCAACCUCCUGACCCAGAACAUGAGGUCAUCAAUCCUAACAAAACUGACCAACAAAUGACCGAAAAAAAUGGUAGUUUGGCUCCUGAUAUGCAUAUGACACAGUUUCUCGAGGAGAAUGAAAUUGUUGAUGGUCAAACAAAUAGAAAUGAGCCCAGUGAGGAUUCUAGUGAAAAGACAACAACAGAUCUCGAAGAAGUAGACAGUUGCUCUCAGAUAUUUCCAAGUAGAAGUUAUAAGUUUAGUACUGGUAAAAGAUCAGCUUUGAAAGAGGCUGAGAAAAAUGUAGCUGCAGAAGCAGAAUAUGAACCAACACAUGAAACUGUAUGUGACAGCUUUGACAAUGUCCCACACAAAGAGGAGAUCAACUAUGCACACCACAGUGUUGUACGAAAGAAAGGUGAACGCCAGAAACUAAAUGGCUAUACAUGUCGGCAAUGUGUUGAGUAUUACCAAGCAAAAGGACUGUCUGAAGAAGAGAUCCGUCACCAAGUGGGAGAUUGUUCUCGGCACCGUGCUAAGUAUGUGCCUCCCCAGACACCAGAACAUUUCUGGUCUGUUGAUUUCCCAGAUACUGUGGAAUGUGAAAAACGAGGUUACUUCACUAGAGACGAACCUGGACUUCCAACACGCAGAAAGCUUCAAAGACGCAAACGAUUACAACAGUUAAAUACGGUCAAAGGUGAAAAAGACAAGAAGCAAAAAUCGGAGACUGACGAACAGAUUGGAAUGACACAAAUGCUGGAAUAUUUAUCUGCUGAAAGUUGUAAUGAGGAUUGA